CACAGCGGCCCUAUCUGGUUAUUCUGUAACUGUCAUAACGAGCGCUGGCACGUCCCUCUACAUGAUCACUGAGCUCUCCGGUGCCCCCCGCUGGAAGGAGUACGAAUACCAUGUCUGCAGUGAUGAGCGCUGCACCGGCCACCUGUUCGGGAAGCCACCCAACGAUGGAAGCGCGCAGGAAAUGGAGUGCCCCCACUGCGGCAAGCCGCGUUACAAGACCCUUCAGCUCGGCGGCAAGACAGUUACUGAGCCCGCCAGCUGGUUCGUAUAUUUUGGAGUAGAGGAGGUCAUCCGGUCGGAGUUCUUUGGAAACCCGGAAUUCUGCAAGCAGCGUGGAAACUUUAGGGGCGAGGACGCACCGGGAUCAUCCAUGUGGCAUGGUGAUUGGGCCAACAGGGCGCGGUCUUACAAGGAUGGUGUUAUUUUCCAGCACGACAGUUCCAUUUACGACAUUGGCAUCGACUGGAUAACCCCUUACAACUCCACCCAGCACAGUGUCGGCAUUGUCUUCAUCCGGUGCGCCGACGUCAAUCCACGUGACAAGGGCAAGAGCUGGAACCAGCAUGUCAUCGCCAUCAUUCCCGGGCCGCGGAUUCCCAGCACCCUUAACCCUUACAUGAAGAUUAUAGUGGAC